UAGUAUCCGGAAGUGGCUUAUCUUCGCAUUGAGGCUGUUCACUUGACUGAUACUCGAUUAGUUUCUAAAGAAUCGGAAGCUUUCUCCAGGGUGGUGAUGGGUGACAUCCGUCAGUCGUUGCUGCCUCGUGAUGUCCUGAGUGCAGCCAAGGAGCUGCUGUAUCACCUGGACAUCUACAUCUGUAACCUGGUGCAGUCAGGGAGGCAGCCUCCUCAGGUCGACUCAAAAACCCUAGAGCUGGUGGAGGAGUUUAUCCUACAUGCCCCGAAAGACAGAAACACCCCAGCCAGGAGGAUGAGUGCUCUGCAGGAGCUCCAGCUGUUGGAGAUCAUGUGCAGCUGUUUCCAGGAACAGAGCCGGGACACCGUGCGGCAGCUCAUGUUCUCAGCCCUGUUCAGUCUCCAAGGAAACCAGGCAGAUGAAAGUCGGAUGGCACUGUUAGGGAAGCUGGUCUCCAUGGCGGUUGCUGUGGGCAGGGUGCCUAUCUUGGAGUGUGCUGCUACCUGGUUACAGAGAACCCACAGAGUGUACUGCGUACGUCUGGCACAGGUGCUUGUAGACGACUACUGUAGUUUAGUGCCAGGCUCUGUGUCCACACUUCAAAACAUCCACAGUGCCAGCCCACGCUUCUGCUGCCAGUUCAUCACUGCAGUCACCACCCUCUAUGACCUCACCUCAGAGGAGCUCACUCCUCCUCUAGAACUUCUCCAGAUGAUUGUGUCAUGGAUCCAGGACGACCCUCGUCUGGUCCUCAUCACCUUCCUGAACUCACCCCUCUCUGGCAGCCAGCCAAUCAGCUCACUGGAUGUCACACCAUUAGGCGGGUUAGUGCGCUGGUGCGUCAAAGCACCGCUGGCCUACAGAAAGGAAAAAAAGCAGGCCUUAACCAAUGGCACCGCUGAGAGUGAGACAGAAGUUGGGCCACUUUUCUCAGGCCUCCAUCUGAGUGUCCUUCAGGUCUUCAUGCUCUUGCCUAGUAUACUAAAUGAGAAGGGGCUGUUUGGUCGUCUGGCACUGCUCCAGGUUGAGUCCCUGGCUGCUCUGACUUCAGACCUCUCCAGGUUGUUGGACCAGGCUGACAAACAUACUCAUACAUCAUCUGCAGAUGCACACUCGCUGUCCCAGCUGACCCUGGACCGGCUAGCACAGGCCCUGCAGGUGGCAAUGGCAAAUGGAGCUUUGCUCUGCUCGAGAGAGGACCUGCGAGCCAUCUGUUCCCGCCUCCCACACAACAAUUUGCUUCAGCUGGUGCUGUCAGGCCCGGUGAUGUACUACAAUAACAUCCACACUCCUCCUCUGGCCUUCAGCCCACACGCUGCUCACUCCCCCAUCGCCUCACAUCCCACUCACUCUCCUCACCCUGCACACCCCACUCACCCCACGCACACACCACUGGCCCCCCACCCCUCUUCUCAUGCUCAGUAUCCUGGUCAGCCGUUCAUGACGGGGAUGCCGUUCCCCUACAGACCCAGCCACUAAAAGUGACCCAACAUGUCUGCAGAUGUGAAGCUGUCUGUUAAUGUAAGUGUGUGAAUGUUGUUGUCAGUUUGUAUGUUUGAAUAAAUGGUUGAUGAGUGUUGUUAAUGAGCACAUUUUCUGUAGCUAUAAUAGUCUGUGUGGCUGACGUAUUGUCCAAUAAAUAUUUUUUUACCUCA